AUGAGUGAGGCAGGAGGAGGGGGGGGCCCCCCCUUAGAGGAAAUAUUUCUUCUUCUUAAGGACAGCAAACCGCGAACGAAGUUUGCUGGUCUACAGCAGCAAGUAGCAGCAGCACUCUUACCGCUGCAGCAAGACCCCAAGCAGCAGCAGCAACAGGAUAAAGGACAGCAACAGCAACAGCAGCAGCAGCAAGGGGAUUCGUCAAACGCAGCAGCAGCACCUGCUGCUGCAACUGAAUCCACUGCAGCAGCAGCAACAGCAGCAGCAGCAGCAGCAGCAGGAGAGGGAGAAGGAGAGAAGGAUGCAGCAGCAAUAGAUUAUAGUUUAUCUAUUGAGGAUGCAGCAACAAUUGCUGCAUUGCUGCGCUCCUUUAUUUGUAUAUUUGGUCAUAGAAAAGUUGCUGCUGCUGCUGCUGCUGCUGUUGCUGCUGAUACUGCAGCAGAUGGAUCUCUGCUGCUGCCUGAAGCAGCAGCAGCAGCACAUCGGCAGCAAUUCGAAGCAGCACUAGCUGAGGCAGAAAAAUGCAUGCAAGAAUGGUCUGCUGCUGCUGCAGCUGCUGCAGCAGCAGCAGGAGACCCAGACGCAGCAGCUGCUGCAGCAGCUGCUGCAGCAGCAGCAGCAGCAGCAACAGCAGGAGAGGAAGAAGAGAAGGACAGUGACGAUGAAUUAGAGUUUGAGGGUACUGAGCUACAUAAAGAAUGGCUGGAUAACGUGGAGGCCCCUGGGGGGCCCCCCAAGGGGGCCCCUAGGGGGCCCCCAGGGGAUACAGAUGAGGAGACAAGCAGCAGCGACAGCGACACAGAAGAUGAAGACAGCAGCAGCAGCAGCAGCAGCAGCAGCAGCAAAGUGCUGUGGAUACAAGGGAUACCUGUUGGUGGCUGUGACUGUCUUGCUGUUGCAUGCAAUGUGCUGCUGCAGCAGGAAGAACAGCAGCGCCAGCAGCAGCAGCAGCAGCAGCAGGAAAAGAAAAAGCAGGAACAGAAGCAGCAGGAACAGCAGCAGAAGGAACAGCAGCAGAAAGAACAGCAGCAGAAGGAACAGCAGCAGAAGGAAGAGAAGCAGCAGGAACAGAAGCAGCAGCAGCAGCAGCAGCAGCAGCAAGGAGAAGAGCCGCUGCUGCUGCUCUCGCUGCUGUUGCAGCACCUGCACCCGUGUACAUUAUCUUUGCUGCUGCCCUCUCUUGUGCUGCGCCUAACAAGAGAAGAAAGAUGUGAUCUAUUAGCUGUUGAGCCUCUUGCUCUAUGGCUAGCUGCUGCUGCUGCUGCAGCAGAACCCCAGCAGCAGCAGCAGCAGCAAGUGCUGCAGCAUAUGCAGCAGCAGCAGAAGCAGCAAAAGAAGCUACUAAAGAUGCAGCAACGUGCUGCAGCAGCAGCAAUUGCUGUUGAGGAAUUUAGGCAAAAAUACCUCAAACGAGUAUGUAUAUCUCUUAAGAAAGCGCUCAGCAGCAAAGUGCCGCUGCAGCAGCGGGGGCAACAAGCUGAAACCCUAGAUCAAGGACCCAUCAGUGCACAAACACUCCACGACAUAUUUGCUUCCUUUCAAGAGGCGGCGCUCGCAGCGCUCGACUUCGCCGAAGACACAGCAGACAAAAAGACUACUUGGAGGCCUCCUGCGGUGUUGGAGGGUUUGUCUGCUGCUGCGAGACUUUUGGGGGUUUGGAUGGCCUUAGAGCCAUCAGAGCACGGCACGAAGGUUUUGUAUGAUAGAUCUCCUGCUGCAUUUGCUGCAGCAAACAGCAGCAGCAGCAGCAGCAGCAGCAGGAUGGGGCUGCAGCUGCCUCCUUGCCCUUUCCCUCUACCUGCAGAUGUUGGUCAGCUAGCAGCAACACCAGCAGCAGAAUUAUGUGUUAAGAUUGGGGUGUCUGUACACCAGGCAUUGCUGCUGCUGCUGAGUGGCAGCAGCAGCAGCAGCAGCAGCAGCAGUGGUGAGCAUGCAGCAGCAACAGCAGCAAUUGCUGCUGUUGCAGGGGCAAGAGGAUUCUCCCCACAGAUAUUAGCACAGACAGCAGCACUGCAGCAGCAGCUGCUGCAGGAGCCUAAGCCCUUCCUCUCCUUCUUCAACAGCAGCAGCAGCAGCAGCAGCAGCAGCAGCAGCAGCAGCAAGGCAGAGAUAAAAAGAUGCUUCUUAUGGGUAGCAGAUGUUAUUAGCUGCUGCGCUGCACUUGUUGGCCUCCGCAGCAACGCAGCAGAACUGCAGCAGAUUGUGCCGCAGCAGCAGCAAGAUAUGUUAUGGCAUUCUCUAGCAGCACAGAUAGUGUUGCUACGUCCUGAUUCCCCUUCUGAUUUCUUAGGGGCCCCUGUAUCAGUAGGGGCCCCUAGUACCCUUUUAAGGGGUCCAUCAAUAACCUCUCAAGAGGCCCCCUCUACCCUUCUGAUGGGGGGCCCUUAG